UUGCCGUGCGUGACAAUACACUAAUUCCACAGGCUUCACAUGAAUAGCAUCACGCCAUCCACACGAAGAAAGGCACGUAUGCUAUACGCGUUCAACCCAUCCAAUCAUUAUACGUGAAUUUCGUGUAAUUUUGUUCGCAAAUUUUAUUGAGCCUUUCAGAAGGGCUGAUAAAAAUAGCACUUCGGAACGAUCUCGCUCUGGCCUUCACCCGUUUUGUUUCUGGCAAUGGAGAAGAAUGAUUGUUGUUAAGCGGAACAACGAAGGCCUCAUGAAGAGUGGCAGAUUGCUACCGCGAGAGCUUCAUCCGGGCUAGUUUCAACUCAGUUCCACCGUUAGCCAGCUACGGGUGCUCCACAUAACGCUGCAUAAGCUCACGACGAUACAUGAGUUCGUUACUGUGUAACAAUGACCAGGAGUCUCCUUGGAUAUCUUCUCUUUCCUUGGAUUGUUGGUUUCGUCGGUGCCUGUGGGCAUUCCAGGUCCUGGUAUGACGUGGCCAAGCUUCAGGGUCCUGGCGUAUGUCCCGUGGAAGUAAUCUCCAAAGACAGAUUCCCAAUAGCUACACCUUGGACGAAAGGGAAGUUUUGCGGCUCGAUGACCUACGUGAGAAUGGUGUGCUGUCAGGGCUACAACAGGAGCUCCGCUAGUGGUGAUACAGGAUGUUCACUGGUUCAAGGAAAGAUGGAAGACAUCGCGACAUCCUUGGCCACAGCAGACCUAGGGAAGUACCUAUCUGCUAUGAAACGUGGCGCCCUCUUAGACGUCCUUCGUCAGAACAAGAAAGCUUUGACAGUGCUAGCGGCGCCCCGUACAGCAGUACUGCUCGAGAGCGAUUCCAACCAGCAUGGUGCAGGGGAAGAGAACGGCGUCCACCCAUUGCUCUACACAGUCAUCGAAGAAAGGCUUCCGUUCCGUCAUCUGCAGGAAAAAACUCGUCUGGUCACUGCGUUCCGCAACGAUAUCAUCAAGGUUCACAAGUUCAAAAGUGGCCUCGUCACAGCAAAUUGUGUGCCAUUCGUCAGCAGUGAUCUGGAAUGUACGAACGGCGUGGUGCAUGUAACCGAACGGUUACUGAAACCACCACAAUACGACAGUACCGCGGAUUACGUGCGACGUCAUCCGCGACUGACAACAUUGUUCAAUGCUCUGGAAAAGGUUGGGAUGAUAAACGACCUCGGCAGACCUCAAGACGACGAUGGAGCGUCCUGGAACACCAUGUGGGCCCCCGUGGACACUGCGUGGGAGAAUCUUCCAGAGAACCUGAAUCAGAGUCUGUUUGGUGAUCCCCGUACCUUGAAAGAUUUAUUGAAGCGUCACAUGUCGGAGCAGCCGUGGUGCGCGACAGCCGUGCACGAACCUGAAGAAGUCCUUACAAGAAGUGGAGAUACCAUAAAGGUCUCCUGCAGCGGAUCUACGGUUUCUGUUGAAGGAGCAGCAAUUUUGGAAGGAGACAUCCUCACAAGAAACGGCUUUGUUCAUCUUGUAGACAAAGUCUUUCUCCCUCACACAGCUCGUUCUGUGGUGGACAUCUUGCAGCAAUAUAACCUGACUACAUUUCUAAGCAUUAUGGACCGUUCUGGCCUUCUGCAUGCGUUCCAGAAUCAUCGUGGUUUCACCAUCUUCGCCCCAGAGAACUCCGCGUUUGAAGCUCUCGGCGAAAACGUGAGUCUCGACCUCAAGCAAGAACCACACUCCGCAAGAUCGUUUCUGACACGGCACGUGGUUACGAGUACGUUGCUAGGCAGUUCCUUCGCUGCGGGCCAGCUCGUGGAGACUCUCGAUAGGCGAACUUUCUUCAGGGUUCAGUUGCACCGCAAGGGCAUCGUUACAGUCGGAGGAGCCGUCAUCAAGUCUCCAGACCACGUUGCUCUUAAUGGUGUUGUGCAUGUUCUGGACAAGACCAUACAGUUCCCGGAAAAGUCUGUGGUCAAUUUUCUCGAGGGACAACAGAGAUUUGGGUUAUUCAUGAACCUCAUUAACGCGAGCGGACUCUUAAGCAUGCUUGAUAAAGAAUUAGGAGACAGUUCAUGGACUAUCUUCGCGCUGCCAGAUGAGAGCUUUCCUGAUGGCUUCGUGGAACGCCUACUUGAAGAUCCGCAAUUGCUGAACAGGAUGAUCGAGGGCUACGUUGUUCCUGGUUAUAUCAUCACCGCUGGGAUGCCACCGCUUCUUGUUCAUCAUUACAAAGCAAUUUUUGGUCAGAUUACUCUUCGUAAGGAGGACUCCGGUGAAGUAACUGUAUCCAAGGCGUCGAAUCUUGUGGAACAGGACUACCUCUGUACUAAUGGUGUGGUACACGUGUUGUCUGACGUACUGCCGCUGUACCAAGGAGAUUUUUAGACUUGCUGAUUCAAACUUUCUAGUUAGAGCGAGAAGGUGACAGUCCCGACCCGAGGAACGACAGUAGAGUAUCAGGAGACUCUUCUCAAGCCCUGGGACAACUAUCGCGCCAUGAUUCCUUGCUUGCGCACUACUUAUCUUAGGGAGUUUCACCCAGGCUUCCAUUUUCUCGGUCAAUGAGACUGCGUAGCCUCCUAAAGUAUUUCGAGCCCCUAAAAUGAACUCUUCCAUUAUUUCGUAUUUCGAUAAAAAAAAAACCCGGAUAUUUUCGCAUUAUACUUUGGUGUCUAAUGUGUACCGUAUGCUCUGCCAAGCUGAACAAAUUUUACAUUAUCUAUCCCGGUUUCCCUCUUAUCACACUUCCCCUUUUUGCAAGAGUCGAAAGAUAAGACUCCAGUAGGAUAACCAUCCACAAACGCGAUUUUUCCAAACAACGCGCAGGAAUCUUACGCCGCUGAAGGCUGGUACGAAACAACAGACGGGACACGAUCGUUUUUGCAAGCCAGCCGGAUCCACCAGCGAAAUCCAAUCCAAGCCGUUCCAGGCCACUUUUCAACGGUGACGCGCAGUUUGGUUUUUACAAGUGCAUGCUGCAUGUUUACGACUAUUUCCGGACGAAAUACCAUUGAGAAUAUAAGUCCUGUGAAAUGCGCGACCGAGAGCAUUAUGUGUAACCCGUGCAGCGUGAAGACUUGUGGUGCGGUUGUUUACAGUCAUUGCACGCCAUGUUGCACGCGAUCUUUUGGUGGCGAGUGCUGCUCCAUUCUGAUGAAAUACUCGUAGGACAAGGUAAGAGGCCAUAACAUAGUUUAUUCAUUGUAGAGAGACUGUUAAGAAAGUGUUCCCGGCAUGCCAUGAACGUGGCACGUGCUAAAUAGUAACCGAAGUUACUUACGAACGAGUACACACGUCGAAAGAUGAGAAUAUUUCGCCUGUACACAAGUACGGGGUAGUAUUGGGUUGCGAGAAGGUAUGCGGAGUACAAUAACUUUCUCGUGGGAAUAAGUUGGUGGAAAGCGGACGGCAAACUUUGUACUUUGAAGAUAUAUUUACGUGAAUUUGUACUAAGCAGUAUAGAUGAACAACAUAGUUCACAGCCUCGCGUCUUUCAAAACGACAGACAACAAAAAAAAAGUGAUAUGACAACUUGAACUUGCGUGGGAAUGUCUUUCACACGAAACAUUUCAGUUCAGUGAAUAUACACA